UCAUUCAGUUUCAAUCUGUGUUGAGUUUUCAAAACAGUAUAUUUUUUUUAUAACAAUAAAAAUGAAUUCAAAUUUUGUGAGUGUUAAAGAUUUUAAAGAAUAUGCUCAUUCGGUGUUGCCAAGAAAUUCAUUGGAUUACUAUCGAAGUGGGGCUGCUGAACAACUUACGCUUGCUUUAAAUAAACAAGCUUUCAAUAAAUUGCGAAUACGACCAAGAAUGCUUGUGGAUGUAUCCAAACGGGAUUUAUCAACAACGAUAUUAGGCGAAAAGGUUAGUAUGCCAGUUGGUGUUUCACCUUCAGCAAUGCAAAAAAUGGCACAUCCGGAUGGUGAAGCUGGUAAUGCUAGAGCUUGCGAAGCUGCUGGAACCAUUUAUAUAUUGAGCACAUUAUCAACUACAAGUAUUGAGGAUGUUGCAAAAGCUGCUCCAAAAUGUGUCAAGUGGUUUCAAUUAUAUAUUUAUACAGAUAGAGCAAUUACUAGAAAUUUAGUCAGUCGAGCAGAGCGUGCAGGAUUUAAAGCACUUGCUUUAACAGUUGAUGCUCCUUUAUUUGGAGUUAGACGUGCCGACAUUCGAAAUAAAUUCUGUUUACCAAAACAUUUACGAUUAGCUAAUUUUGAAGAAACCGACAGCAAAUCUACAAAAAUUCAAAGUUCUAAAGAAGGCUCAGGAUUACAAGAAUAUGUAAAUGGAUUAUUUGAUGCGUCCAUCACAUGGAAUGAUAUUGCUUGGCUUAAAUCAAUAACGAAAUUACCAAUUGUUUUAAAAGGAAUACUUACCAAAGAAGAUGCGAUUUUGGCGAGACAAGUUGGCGUACAAGCAAUUUUAGUAUCAAAUCAUGGUGCUCGUCAAUUAGAUGGAACUCCUGCUUCGAUUGAAGCAUUACCUGAAAUUGUUAAAGCAGUUGGAAAAGAUUUGGAAAUAUACAUGGAUGGAGGAGUAGACGAAGGAACUGACGUAUUUAAAGCAUUAGCACUUGGUGCCCGAAUGUGUUUUAUGGGACGUCCGGCAUUGUGGGGUCUUGCUACUGACGGUGAAAAUGGUGUAAAAGCUGUGUUAAAUAUUUUACGCAAUGAAUUUGAUUAUGCCCUAGCUUUAACUGGUUGUACAAGCGUUCGUGAUAUUAAACCCGAAAUGGUGGUACAUGAAUCUUUUUACAGUAGACUUUAAUUACCGACUUAAAUUGACUGUUAACUAAUGAAAUGUUAAGCAAAGAUUAUUUUUAUUCGAAUUUAUCAAAUUUUAAAAUAUUACAGUGAUGUUUUAUUAUUA